AUGCGUCUAGGAUUCGUCCUGUUCGCAGCUGUAGCCAGCCUUCUCGCAAGCUCCAACGCUCUCUCAAUCUCUAAGAAGAGUGAGAGCUCUACGGUUGCCAAGAGCCCGCCUGGAGUCACCCGUUUCGUCGAUGGAACCAUACCGUCCACCCGAUCACUGAGAGGGCAAGACCCCGCGAGCGAGGAUUCCGACGAUGAAGAGCGCGGUGCAGCUGAACUCGAGCGUGUGGUCUCAAGUUUGCCCAAAAAGGCUCAGAGUUCGGUUUCCUCUCUCAAUAUAUACGACGAGAUCAAGGCGCUCGAAGCGUAUUAUAAACAGCUUCAAGCCUCGUACAUGCCGGUGUUCAAGGAUCUUGCGCUAGUUAAGGGGACUACUCCUGAGCAGGUCGGCAAUAAGCUGGGCAUGUGGAAAAAUAAUUCUAGACCAUGUCGAUGGAUCAGCUGA